AUGGCGGAAUUAGGGACGGAAACGGUGGAUUUCUCCACUUUGGUGGGACGGGCGGCCGAGGAAUCCUACCUCUCAUUGAAAGAAUUAGUGGACAAAUCCAAAAGUUCCGAUGUUUCGGACUCGGAGAAGAAGAUUGCGAUUCUGAAAUACGUUGUCAAGACUCAGCAGCGUAUGCUUCGGCUCAAUGUCCUCGCCAAGUGGUGCCAGCAGGUUCCGUUGAUACAGUACUCUCAACAACUUGUAUCGACUUUAUCGAGUCACGAUACAUGUUUCAGUCAGGCUGCAGAUUCAAUGUUUUUCAUGCAUGAGGGUCUACAGCAAGCUCGUGCUCCUAUAUAUGAUGUCCCGUCUGCUAUUGAGGUUCUGCUUACUGGGGAGUACCAUCGUUUGCCAAAAUGUAUUGAAGAUGUGGGCACACAGAACACAUUGAAUGCUGAUCAGCAGAAGCCAGCUUUAAGAAAGCUAGAUAUGCUUGUCAGGUCCAAACUACUCGAAGUCUCACUUCCUAAAGAAAUAUCCGAAGUGAAGAUUUCAGAUGGUACAGCACUACUCCGUGUGGAUGGGGAGUUUAAGGUUCUUGUCACCCUUGGUUACCGAGGGCAUUUAUCUUUGUGGAGAAUUUUACACUUGGAGCUGCUUGUUGGUGAGAGGACUGGGUCUGUGAAGCUUGAAGAAAUGCGUCGGCAUGCUCUUGGUGAUGAUCUGGAGAGGAGAAUGGCUGCUGCAGAAAACCCCUUCGUGAUAUUAUAUUCUAUUCUUCAUGAAUUAUGUAUUGCACUUAUCAUGGAUACUGUUAUAAGACAAGUACAAGCACUUAGACAAGGAAGAUGGAAAGAUGCAAUUAGGUUUGAGCUUAUAACUGAUGGAAGUUUUGGACAAGGAGGAAAUGUUGGUAAUGCACAAACUUUGCAGGAUGGAGAAACUGACACAGGUGGUUUGAAAACUCCUGGAUUAAAGAUUUUGUACUGGUUAGAUUAUGAUAAAACCUCUAGUACGCCAGAAGCAGGGUCAUGUCCCUUCAUCAAAAUCGAACCUGGUCCAGAUCUGCAAAUUAAAUGUCUCCAUAGCUCUUUUGUUAUUGAUCCUUUGACUGGAAAGGAGGCAGAGUUUUUCCUUGACCAGACCUGCAUUGAUGUUGAGAAAUUGCUUCUUCGAGCUAUUUGUUGUAACAGAUAUACUCGUUUGCUUGAAAUUUUUAAAGAGCUUGAGAAAAAUAAUCAGAUCACUCGAGGUCCAGGAGACAUUCAUCUUCAGACCCAAUUUGACGAAAAUGACAUGAAGAAUGGAAAGGACCAUGAGUUUGUUACCAGGAGAUAUGAAGGUCAAGAAGUCUUGCUGGUUCGUGCCUAUGGCUCUUCCUUUUUCACACUGGGAAUAAACAUCAGGAGUGGCCGUUUCCUUCUUCAAUCAUCCAAGAAUAUUGUGUCACCAACUGAAUUGUCAGAUUGCGAAGAUGCUCUGAAUCAGAGAAGUAUGACAGCUGCUGAAGCUUUUAUAAACUUAAGACGCAAAAGUAUUCUUCACUUGUUUGCUUGUAUUGGAAGGUUCUUGGGUUUGGAGAUUUUUGAGUGUGGUGUUGCAGCAGUGAAGCUUCCCAAGGAUAUUUCACAUGAUUCUAUGUUGCUUAUGGGUUUCCCAGACUGUGGGAGUUCCUAUUACUUGCUAAUGCAACUUGAUAAAGAUUUUAAACCUCUAUUUAAGUUACUGGAGACUCAGCCAGAUCCAUCGGAUAAAGCUGAAUCUUUUGGCAACCUGAAUAAUGUUUUUCGUCUGAAGAAUGUUGACAUUGGGCAGAUGAUAAUGUUUGAAGAUGAUCUCAAUUUAAGCCUACUUGACAGUAGAAAACUGUUUUCAGUUUUGCCUAAUCUUGUCCCUAAGCAUGCUUCUGAACAGAGUGUUCUGUCUGAGGUUAGCAUGGAAGGGUCUGCCCUUACUUCUGGUCUUCAGUCCAAAUUUUCUUCCAUGGUGGAUGAAGUCUUUGAACUAGAGAAAGGGUCCCUUGUGCCUACUUUCUCUAGUCAGGGCCCUACUUCAACUUAUGGCAGUUCUGUUGUAACUCAACUUGGUACCACAGCAGUGAAUGGUCAUUCUACAAACCUGCAAACAGCAUCCCCUAAAUGGGAGGGUAGCAUGCAGUUAUCACAGCAUAGCAAUCCUUCCAAGAUAUCAGGUCUACCAGCCAACUAUGGUUCACACUUGAUUCAGUCAGGUUCUACCGGUUCCAUCUCUGCCGGCUCUGGAAGGAGAGAGUUUAAGAAGUUGUCAGCUUCAAAAUCAGAUCAGGAUUUGACUUCACUUAGGUCUCCACCAGCACUGGAUGAACAUCAGUUGGCUACAUCUGGAAUUUCAAUGUCUCGGCACCUUUCCUCAUCCCCUCAAACAGGCCUUCAUACUUCUAUGGUAACUGGAAGACCUGGUCUGAUGAAGUCACCAGGGAAUGCCACACCUCGAAGUCAUUCAGUUUCUGGAUUCAAUUCGUGGAUAGCGUCUCCAGUAUCCCAGGCAGUGGAUGCAACACACUUGAACUCAAAUGUUGGUUCUGUACCAAGACAGGAUAAACUUACAAGAAAGCGUACACUAUCAGAUCUCAUGAGUUCUCUCCCAUCACUCCAAAAUGCGGAGCCUGUUGGAUAUUACAAGAGAAGGAGAUUAAUGGAAUCAAAAACUCAAAAACCUCCUCAAAAUUUACUUGUGUCGGAACUUUCUCGUAAAACAGAUGAAUAUAGUUAUGCUGAUCUUGUUGCGGAAGCAAACAAGGGCAAUUUACCCUCCUGUAUUUAUGUUUCUGUUCUUCUUCAUGUGAUCAGACACUGCUCACUUUGUAUUAAGCAUGCCCGCUUAACGAGCCAAAUGGACGCACUUCAUAUUCCAUAUGUUGAAGAAGUGGGUCUUCGGAGCGCAUCCUCCAACUUAUGGUUCCGUCUUCCAUUUGCAAGAGGUGACACUUUGCAGCAUAUAUGCUUGCGGUUAGGAAGACCUGGCAGCAUGUAUUGGGAUGUGAAAAUUUGUGAUCAGCACUUCACUGACUUGUGGGAACUUCAGAAAGGAGCAAGUAAUACUCCCUGGGGUUCUGGUGUUCGGAUUGCUAAUACAUCUGAUUUGGAUGCUCAUAUUCGAUAUGAUGCAGAAGGUGUUGUGUUGAGUUACCAUUCAGUUGAAGCAGAUAGUAUAAAGAAAUUAGUAGCUGAUAUUGAGAGGCUUUCUAAUGCCAGGACAUUUUCUCUGGGAAUGCGAAAAUUACUUGGCGUAAGGGCAGAUGACAAAAUUGAUGAAGGCACUCCCAGCUCUGAUGCGAAAGUAGGUACAAAAACUGACGCAGUGGACAAGUUUUCUGAACAAUUGAGGAAGGCAUUCAAAAUAGAAGCUGUUGGUCUUAUGAGUUUAUGGUUCAGUUUUGGUCCUGGAGUUCUUGCUCGCUUUGUGGUUGAGUGGGAAUCAGGUAAACAAGGCUGCACGAUGCAUGUUUCGCCCGAUCAGCUCUGGCCUCAUACGAAGUUUCUGGAAGAUUUUAUCAAUGGAGCUGAGGUUGCAUCACUUUUGGAUUGUAUAAGACUCACGGCAGGACCCUUGCAAGCUCUAGCCGCUGCUACAAGACCUGCGCGAGCUGCUCCUGUUCCCGGAGUUUCUAGUGUUGCUGCAGCCCUCUCCUCUAUUUCAAGACAGACUGGACAUGCACCGUCUCAAGGUCACGUGCCUAGCAUCACACUUGCAAAUGGAAGUCAAGUUGCAUCUGGUCCUACUUGUGGGAAUGCUUCCUUAUCUGUAACGUCUAAUUCUCUUGCUUCUCAGAACCAUCUUACUACUGCGAUGUUAGCCGCCGCCGCUGCUGCUGCUGCUGCUGGGAGAGGUGGACCUGGAAUUGUUCCUAGUUCAUUAUUGCCAAUUGAUGUCUCUGUUGUCCUUCGUGGUCCCUAUUGGAUCAGGAUUAUAUAUCGGAAAAAAUUUGCUGUUGACAUGCGGUGUUUUGCUGGAGAUCAGGUCUGGUUGCAGCCAGCCACCCCACCUAAAGGGGGUCCAUCUGUUGGAGGAUCACUGCCAUGCCCGCAAUUCCGGCCAUUUAUAAUGGAGCAUGUUGCUCAAGAACUGAAUGGCAUGGAUUCCAGUUUCCCCGGUGGUCAACAAGCAGCUGGUUUAUUGAAUGCAAAUAGUUCCACUCCAGGUACGGGUCCUCUGCUUUCAGCAUCCAAUGGAAAUAGGACCAAUCUCCCACAUUCCGCUGGGGUAUCUCGUGCUGUAAAUGCUGUUGUUGGUCUCAGCCGAAUGGGAAAUGCACUUCAUGGAGGACCGAGUGCAAGUAUUGUAAACUCCGGGUUGCGUAGAACUCCUGGCACAGGUGUGCCUGCUCAUGUGAAAGGAGAACUCAAUACUGCCAUUAUUGGGCUGGGUGAUGAUGGAGGUUAUGGUGGUGGGUGGGUCCCUCUUGCAGCCCUUAAAAAGGUUCUUCGAGGUAUUCUAAAAUACCUUGGAGUAUUAUGGUUAUUUGCACAGUUGCCGGAGCUUUUGAAAGAUAUCCUGGGUUCGAUUCUAAAGGAUAACGAAGGUGCAUUAUUGAAUUUGGAUCAGGAACAACCUGCACUGCGCUUUUUUGUUGGGGGCUAUGUGUUUGCAGUUAGUGUACACAGGGUUCAGCUUCUUCUCCAAGUCAUUAGUGUCACUAGAUUUCAUCACUCUCAGCGGCAACAGCAGAAUGCAGGCACUGGUCAGGAUGAAUUGACUCAAUCUGAAAUAAGUGAAAUAUGUGACUACUUUAGCCGCCGUGUUGCAUCAGAGCCGUAUGAUGCUUCUCGUGUUGCUUCAUUCAUUACUCUAUUGACAUUGCCAAUCUCAGUGUUGAGAGAAUUUCUCAAACUUAUUGCAUGGAAAAAAGGCUUAGCUCAAUCACAAGUUGGAGAUUUAGCUCCUGCUCAAAAAUCUCGCAUUGAGCUUUGUCUUGAGAAUCAUGGAGGCUUCACUGUGGAUGGGAAGUCUGGAAUUCCCUGUGUGUCAAAGAGCAAUAUUUACUAUGACCGAGCUCAUAAUGCUGUUGAUUUUGGGCUUACUGUUGUUCUUGAUCCUUCCCACAUACCCCACAUAAAUGCUGCUGGUGGUGCUGCGUGGCUGCCAUAUUGUGUUUCUGUGAGACUAAGAUACUCAUUUGGAGAUAAUCCGAAUGUAUCCUUCCUUGCGAUGGAGGGAAGCCAUGGAGGUCAUGCAUGUUGGCUGCGAGUUGAUGACUGGGAAAACUGUAAGCAGAGAGUAAUCCGCACCGUGGAAAUGAAUGGGUCUUCAGCUGGAGAUGUUAAUCAGGGAAGACUCAAAGCUGUUGCAGAUAGCAUCCAAAGAACAUUGCACGGCUCUCUUCAAGCACUAAGGGAGGGCGCUGGAGUUGGAGGAACAAACAUUGGAAACUCAUGA